GAGCUCACAUGAUGAUUUUUAUAUAUUUUAUUUUAGGCCUGACAUCUCUAAUAGAGCUGAUUAAAAUAGCAUUGCAUAGCUCCUUAAAAUUGAGGAGUUUAAUAACAUAGGGUUUAAAGAAAUUAUCUGAGUAUCAAAACAACAUUGCUAGUAAAGAAGCAUAAGGUGCCAAGUUUUUUCCAAUAUCUAAUCAAAUAUCCGUCAAAUUUAGGAAUUAAGUUAACUAAGAGAGUAGUUGAUUAGAUUCCAAUUUCUUACUUACUCUUUUUUUAAUAUAAACGACAACACUGAUCUACAAGUCAAGACACGUUCCACUAGUCUAGACUCUAAUAGCGCUUACUUCCUUACUCUAAAGUUCUCUGAUUCGACCGUUUCAAUUUCAAGUAAAUAAACAUGCAGUAAAGUUAUCCAAAUACAAAACAUAAAGAAGCAUGGCCCUAUAGAAUACAAAAAAAUAUGGGCCUAGUCGGUAAAUGUUUGGAUUUGAAGGUCAUCUUAGUAAUCCCACUAAAACCAUGGCUUUUCAACAAAUGGUUUAAAAAAUAAAAUAAAUAGAAAGUAAAAUAAGAGCGAAUUUUCCCGCGAGAUUGGGCCGAGUGAGAGAAAAUGUCCGGCAGCGAACAAGAGCGAACAACAAAGUCAGGGGCGGAGGAGCAGUCGCUGAGGGUAGCCGUAGCCAUUUCUCUUCUCCGAUCAAAGCUUCUUCAAAAGCAGCAAAAGCAGCCUCCUCCUCAUCCUGUUGAUCAAUCCGACGCUCUCCGAUGGAAGCGAAAGGCUAAGGAGCGAAAGCAAGAGCUUUUUAGACUCCGACAAGAUCUCAACGAAGCCGAAGAUGCUUCGCAGUGCGACUUGUUCCCGCAAAGCGCUUCUUGCAAGUGUUAUUUCUUUGAUAAUUUGGGGAAACUAAGCCCUAAUAAGCGGCUUCCAGAUCCUUCUCAGUGCAGAUUCAAUGAUGUCUUGCGACGCAGAUUUCUCAGACACGUACGUUUUAAGGAAAGGAGAAGAAGAACAUGUAGUUCAUCCCAGCGACGCCAUUUUGCAGACAUAAACAGUGAAGAUGAAAUGGAGCAACUUAGGGCCUCAGUCGAUUUUCUUGUGGAGCUUUGCGAAACCGGUUCUCCUGUGGAGGAGACCAAUGUGGCAAAUUGGUCACACCAAGCUGCAGAUUUUAUUUUAGCUUCGUUGAAGAACCUGUUAUCAGUGGCAAUGAAUGUGGAACUCAUAGAAGGAAUUAUCAGCAGCUUAAUCACGCGUUUGGUUAGAAGGAUGUGUUGCCCCUUGCAAGGAAACGCAUCAAAACACUCUGAACCUGAUGCUCAGUUUUUCAUUCAGCACUUGAUCCGAAAGCUUGGAAGUGAGCCCUACAUUGGUCAGCGUGCAUUAUUCUUAGUAUCUCAGAGAAUCUCUGUUCUUGCAGAGAAUUUCCUUUUCGCAGAUCCAUUUGAUGAUGCUUUUACAAACAUGCAUCAAUGCAUGUUCAUGCUGAUCCAGCUUACAGAGUUUUUGGUAUCCGAUUACCUAUCAGAAUGGUCAAAGGAUGGAGGUUUUGACACCACAGCAGCAGCAGAGCAGGCCAGGGCAAAGCAAGAAGGCAGGCAUGUUGAAUGAGAUGAAACCACGCUGCAUACUCAGUCUCUCGCUCCUUCUUCUUCUUCUUCUAAUAUUCUGUCAAUCGCUUCCAAGUUCAGCCCAUGGAGAUGGAAGUGGAGGUGGUACAACAACUACUAGUACUAUUACUAGGGUGAUGGUUGUUGGGGAGCAGCAGCAGCAGCCACCACUGCCAGCUGCAAAUUACCAUGUCAGUACUUUGCUUCACACAACUCGGAAGCUUAAGCUUGGGGUUCACAUGAAAAUAACCCGUAGCGUUCCAAAGGUUCCUCGUGUCAAAAAAUCAUCCGCCAUUCCAACUCAGAUGACACCUUCUCUUCCUGUCGCUUGUUUUCUUUCUUCAUUAUCCCUCCUUUCUUUCUUUCUGUUAUAGGAUAGGAGGAGCUGGAUAUCAUAUAUACCUGCUAGAAAUAUUAUGUUUGUUUCCAACAACAAUCAUCAUCAAUGUAAGCUUGAAAUAUUAUGUUUGUUUCAAUUGGCAACAAGUUACCAAAUUACCAUU